AGGAGGGCGGAGUUAACCAGCUCGCUCAACCACCGGAGUGGACGACGGGUAGAUAUGUGUUGAGCCGGACUAGUUGACCCAUUGUGGGGGUUAAAGUGCUUUUUUUUUUCUUUUUUUUUUUCCUGUUGAUAGCAUUUCUAGCUCGUGGCGCCCCGUCAAAAAUGAUGCGCUUCCUUCUUCUCUUCAGUCGCCAGGGGAGGCUGCGUCUGCAGAAGUGGUUUACGCCCCUGUCAGAGCGAGAGAAGAAGAAGAUCAUCAGGGACAUGACCACCAUGGUGUUGGCACGACAGCCACGCUCCUGCAACUUCCUGCACUGGAAAGACCUUAAGAUUAUUUACAAGAGAUAUGCAAGCUUGUAUUUCUGCUUGGCCACAGAGAACCAGGAGAAUGAGCUGCUUGCCCUGGAGGUUAUUCAUCGCUACGUGGAGCUGCUGGACAAAUACUUUGGCAAUGUGUGUGAGCUGGACAUAAUCUUUAACUUUGAGAAGGCCUAUUUUAUCCUGGAUGAGUUUCUAAUGGGAGGGGAGAUACAAGAAACCUCCAAACAGAUUGUGAAUCGCUCUAUUGAAGCCUCCGACAUGUUGCAGGAGGAUGACAGCAGUGAGUGGUAUGAGGUGGAGCUGUUUGGAUGACCUUGAAUAUGGACAGAAAGACCAUGGAGGAGUAUAUGAGCAAACCUGCAUUUUAACCCAUGGAGAAGGGACAUAAAGGGGAGGAAUCAUGGAACCAAUUGUACUGUAUAUGUGUAAAAGAAGCUUUUCAAUAUGGAAAUGGGAUUAACUUUGAUUCUACCGGACAUUUUCAAAGGCUGAAAUUGGGUGCACUGAAUGUCUGCUCGCUUUCUGCCUUAAACUGCAAUCAGCUUCAUUUGAGAGUAAGUCUAAUAUUUGUUCAUAGUCAUGCAUUCAAGUGAAGGACGGGGUGGGAUAGGAAUGUUUUUACAUUGACUGCCGUUAUUAAAAGGUAAAUGAAGUAGUAAUAGAGGAUAUGAAAAUCAUAGCGAUGAAGUGAUUUUAGAUUUACCAACUUGUUGCUUUUAUACUUAAAUCACAUAUUAAUAUGUUCGAAGUAAAUGGUUUUGUUCCGAAAACACUCUGGACAGAUUUUGGAAAAAUUGUGCUAUUUUACAGCUCUAGUUAGUUUCAAAAAACAAAUUUCUGUCUCAAAAAUAACAGAUUUCUGAGGAGUUUAAAUUAUUUGCUUUUAUAUCAGCAUAUAACUAAUUUUGAAUGAGACUAAUAAUGAUAAAUUUUAUACUGUUUUUAAUCUGUAUAACACAUUACUUAUGAGUGGGAGCAUUAGUCUUUAAAAGGAGCAGUUGCUAGGGUGGCUGUGAAUAUCAUGGUUUUUCAUAAUGUUAAAUUUAUGAUGUUGGAGC